UCUCAAGCAAUCACACAGAACAAGUGACAAAAGAGGAAAAGAAGGCUAUUUACUGUGCUGCAAGAAGCCUUUUUUCAUUGUUUCAGCUACUUGGUAAAUGGCAGAGAUCUAUUCAGCAUCUCAAAUAUAUAAUUUGCCUGAUGGAUAUGAUACCAAAGCGAGCAAUUGGCUUUGCUACACAAAUCCUAUGUGUACUUUACAAGAAGAGAAGUUUGCAGGCUAUCAGAAUGGAGUGGAUUUUUAUGUUUAUGUUCCUUCUCACAGCGAGCUUUUGGCUUGGUACAAACAUGAGUACUCACCUUACAGGGACUACAGAUUAAAACACAAAAAGGCACCCAAGGAAAUUAGGAACGCUGAUUUUGAAGACAACACAAAACUACCUCACACAAAACUACCUCACAAAGACAAACAACCAAUUGAUGUUCUAAAACAGGGAAGUGUAAUCACAAAUACUGUUGAUGAAGAAGAUGAAAAAAUUGAUGUAGAAAAGGUGGACAGUGGAGCACCUCACCUGAUUCAAGCCAACCAGAUUUUGGAUUUCAGCCCAAAACUGCAUUCUCACGCAGAAAUCAAAACUGCUUCUACAGAGAGAUGCUUGGAUGAUUUGGUUCCUGAUCACAAGUCCAUAGAAAACAGAACAAGCAUUUCUAACCAAAGUAAUCAUAAUGAAAGAGCAGCAAGUCUAGACAACAUCCAUAGAGAUGAAAACUGCUGCUCUUUUAAUACAGAUGCCUCAUCCUACAAAGGACUCCCUAUCCACUUGAAUGAACUGUUCCCCACUCGGUCUUGUCCCAUGUACCCUUCCAGUAGUCCUACCCCCCAGCCCUACAUUUAUGCAUGCACACCUUUUGCUCCCCACUGUUCUAGGCUUUUUCUUCCUCCACACCCUUCUGGAUUAUCUGCAUUUUCAGCUGUAUCUGGUACAAGUACUGUUAAUAGCACAGGACUCUCUUCUGGGAUACCCCAAUGCUACAGUAAGAUUUUAGCCCAUACUGGUUCUCCUUAUGCACUGAUGUCUGGGACAGUUUUCCCCAUAUUUUUACCUACAGAAAAGUCUCCCCUUCUUCAUCAGUCUCAUGAUGUUGUGAUACCUGCACCAUCCAGUGCCUUUUCAGUCACAGUUCAAAAUCCAGACCUGACGACAAGAUCACAGAACAGAACAUGCGAUCUAGGUGACAUACGACAAUCAAAAUCUACCUCUUGUUUUUCAAGCCAUAAUGAAGUCAUCAACCUCAGCAAGUCAAAGGACACUCAUUCCAAACCUCUCCUUGGUUAUAAAUCAAUCCCUUAUCCACUGAAAAAGCAAAAUGGAAAGUUCAAAUAUGAAUGCAACAUAUGCUUUAAGACAUUUGGACAGCUUUCUAAUCUCAAAGUUCAUCUAAGGGUCCAUAGUGGAGAAAGACCAUUUCAGUGUCCAGUUUGCAAGAAAUGCUUCACUCAACUGGCUCACCUUCAGAAACAUCACUUAGUACAUACGGGAGAAAAACCACAUGAGUGCCCGAUAUGCCACAAGCGAUUCAGUAGCACAAGUAAUCUAAAGACCCACCACCGUUUGCAUUCUGGUGAAAAGCCAUACCAAUGUAAACUGUGCCACAGCAAGUUUACUCAGUAUGUCCAUCUCAAACUGCACAAACGAUUACACGACCGUGACAGACCUCACAGAUGCCCCAUCUGCAGGAAAGCCUUCAUUCAUUCAUUCAGCCUAAUAAUCCACCAGAGGGGUAAUUGCUUCUUGUCUUCCAUUGCUGGGAAGCCCCCACAUGAACUAUCAAAAAUCAAUGAAAUGAUUGACAGAUUUGACAUGAGUCAGGAGGCAGAUAGCAUUGACCCCAGUAUUGAUGAAACAAAAAUUGCCUUUGCAGCAGAAAACUGGAUUAUGACAAUGUUAGAGAAGGAGGAUUCAGAGAUCCAGGUUCAUUCUGGACAUAGCAGGAGUGAGGUUCCUUCCCAUAAGGAUUUUCAACAUAAUUUUAUCAGUCAAAGAACUUUGCUCCACAUGUAUUCUCCUCAGAGUUCUCUACCAAUCACAGUGAAGCAGGAGACAGUUUAAGAAGAGAUGUCGUUGUAUUUGGAAUGACAGUUCCAAUAAAUGAAUGCUGUUACUUGAAUGCAGCAGAAAGAAAAAAAAUGUUAUAGAAAUAAAGGAGAAAGCAAUGAGUUAAUAGUGGAGUAGCAGAAGGGGAGAAGCAGAAAAGAAUUACAGAAGUAAAGGAGAAGAAAGAAAUACACAUUUAAACAAUAAAUAGAAAUGGUAGCAUUGCUUCUAAGUUUGCCUUUUUAUUGACUUCAUAUGAUUUGACAUACCAACAGAUCUUAGAAUCAAAAGAGACAUCCCUUCUUUAUCUGGGAGAAUGGGGUGUCUAUCAGUCUUGCUUGGAGACAGUUUGAGUGUUACUAGUCAUAUAUUUGCCUCUAUUCUACUGUUCCUUGAUUAUUUGAGUGUUUGUCACUCUGCCAGACAUGUAAAUGCUUGUGCAAUUGUGAACACGUUCCAAAUUCUAGUUGAUAUAGUGAUAUUGCAGACUAUAGGGUACUGACAAAUUAAGUGAAACUGAGUGUGUGUGUGUGU